GAGAAUUUUUGCUUUCAUUAUUUUACUUUUAUUUUCCCAUCUUUUCAAGGAUUCAAACGUUCUCAAGCCCAGCGACGGGUGCCGGUCCCAGUGCUAAACGGUGACCCCCGCAAGGUCUGGCCGCCAGCGACGUCAGAAUCCCCAGGGGUCUUCUCCCGGCCCAUCACCCAAGUCCAAGAUCAAGUUCGACGUCGAGUUGCACGACUGAGACUCCAUUCGUUUGGCUUGCUGUUUUGUAUGACAAUCCCCUACAUCAUAUCUGCUGUCCUCUGCCUCCCCAAGGACGACUUCUCUCGUCUUUCUCUGCUCAACGACAAUGUCGAUUACGAGUCAUUCUCUCUAGUUUGCCCCCUCUGAUCUCCAGAAGACCCAGAGCACACCGCCGGAACAUCCCCCCCGCAUUCUAGAUGCGUCCACCACCACCGAUGACAACGAAAUACGGUGUUUCAUUACUCGAACCUAUCCAAGACGACUCCCAAGAUGGCCCCAGGGGACGGUUAAGGGGGAAAGGCGGCUAUGCCGAGGAACCUCCCCGACACCGUCGUACACGGCACUCGACCGCAACGACCCCUGCAAGAGCAAACACGGGAAAGGAGAGGGAAAGAUCAAGACGGGCACAGAGAUCUACACCGGAAAGCAAACAUUCGCAUAAGGGAAAAGAUGCGGGUGCCGGGAGGGCCAGUGGAUUAUCAAGAGAGAUUGUCUCUGACAGACAUCAUCGCACAAUGUCAACUCGGAGUGACUCGACUUCCUCGUCCGAGGACGAAGCCGAGCCAAUCCAGGAUCACAGGGCUGUGCUGGCUGCAGCCAGGUCAAGGUUGACUUCACCGUCGAUGGUCUCGGCAUUUACAUCUGCAACGGCAUCUACGAACGUAUCGAGUGGGUCGAGUGGGAGCAACUCUACAGUGACACAAGCGUCCACCGGCAAACAAAGUGUGGCAAAGCGUCCAGAGAAGCCCGAUAAGCCAAUAUCUCCUGCUGUCCCUGAUGCGCCUGACGUUUUUGCAUAUCUAGAGGCUGAAUUUUCCGAAGAGGCUUCAGAUGAAAACGAGAAAGAGGAUUCGGAUGAACACGAGGAAGAGGAAGGGGACGAACAUGAGAAAGAGGAUUCCGAUGAAAAUGGGGAAGAGGAUUUGAAUGAACAUGAGAAAGAGGGUUCGGAUGAAAAUGGGGAAGAGGAAGAGAGUACGACCGCGAGCGAAGAUGAGGAUGAUACUCACAAGUCUGAAUUGCAAUGGCCUCCGCACGGAACCAUUUAUCCGCCGCUCACCUCUAUACCGCCGCAUGUCCUUCCUGACACCCCCUCAUCUGGGACUUCCAGCUUCCAUGGCUCGGAGCACUUCUCUGAGACGCCAGCCGAUAAUGAUACCGACCGGUCGACGAGCCCUGAAAGAUCUGCUGAAGAAGAAGAACAGGCGUCCGAUCACGAAGCCGAACAACCUAGUCCAGCGUCAGUCAAAAUUGCUUCGCAACUAGCUGCCGCUCAACAGAGACAGAGUGCCCACAGCCAGGUACAGAAUUUUGGUCCUCCGAACAUGCCCAGAGGGGAUGCAAGGUAUCCCUAUGCGCCCACCUCAAGCCCCAGUGCGUUACAUUCCCAAUACCAGCAGCACCAAUACCAGCCGCACCAAUAUCAACAGCACCAAUACCAGCAGCAGCACGUCAAGCGCAUCAUGCCACGUACAGAGGAGACACUCCCAAUCACGGGUUAUGAACUUCUCGCCUCACGACUGGCGUCACAUACCACCGACUCCGAGGAUGGUUAUGAAGGCAGGAUAAAGCCUAUAUAUCGCAAGUUCGAGGCUUUGAAUCAUAGGCUUCUGUUGCACUUGCAAGACGAGAUAAGCGAAUUGGAGGAACAGCUUCAUCGUCUGGAUAAUGCGGAUACACAAUCGAGACGUGCGGGCAGAAUGGUGAUGCCGGCGAGUAGGAGAGCAGCGCAGGCGGCGGGAGGGGAAUUGCAGUGGCAUAAGACGGAUAUUUUAGGGCGGAUCGGGUUCAAGCUCGCUCAGUAUAAUCAAGCAUUAGCAGCAUUCAACGCCACGGCGUCGCUCGCCCCUCCCGCACCCACAGAUAUUAGUCUCUACCGCGAAUACCUACAGUCUGUCCAUCCUAUCGCAGAACCCGAGACGCAUUUCUUGGACCCGGCGGACGAUCUUGUUUCUGUGUGCUCUUCCACAACCCCUUCCUCCCUACCCUCUCGCCCUUCAGUUCCUUCCGCACCAUUUCCUCAAACUCAAACCACCACACAGCCUCAAACAGAAACCAUCACACAGCCUCAAACUCAACCCCUCGCACAGAAUUCACACUGGGCGGCUGGUCGCCUCAGAAGAAACACAAACGAUCAGAAUGGGGCCGAACUCACUCUCACCGAAUUCGCAAUGGCGAUCGCAGUCGCAGUCCUCGUCCCUAUCAUGACAUUCAGCUUAAUCCCGGGUUUCGCGGGGCGCCUGACAGUGACCUGUCUAGUCGCGACCGGAGUAGUAGGCGCGUUCAUACAGGCGGGGAUCUUGAUGAGCGAGCAACUAUUCGAGCGUGAGGGGCUUGUAUGCGGGGGCAUUUAUCUGGGGGCCAUGGUUCUGGUUGCCGGGAUCAUGGGCUAGCCCCUUUGACCGGCCCCUCGCCAUAUGAGUUGAUAUUAGCGCUCUUCCUUACAUUGAUGCUGGACGGUCAUUAGGAGUUCGGGAUUACAGGACCGAGAUACCCCUUUUGCUUUCACUUGACUUUUCGGAUAUUCUGCGGGUUAGGAUAUAUGGCUGAGAUUUCAGGCCGCGCUUCUCUUUCAUGACUCCUGAAAUCUGUAUUAUAUGCUGCUAUGUCGGGCUUUAGGAUAGAUGAUACCCUCUUACGAUGAGCUGAGACUAGCGAGACCCCAAUCGGGAUAUUGGCACGUGAAUACCAAACCCGUCUCUUCCAUUUACAUUAACAGUACGACAUAGAAAUAUAGAAACAUACCUACUUUC